AUAUAGCAAGAAACAAAAUGCAAAACAUUCAGACGAUAGAGAUGCAGCUACCUGUCCUGCGAGAGAGUUUCCACUCUUCUCCCUUCAGAGAGAGAGUGAAAGAACGGAGGAAGAGCAGCCUGACAAAUCUUAUCAGAAGACAACAGCAACAGUUAUUACGCCAGCAACAACAAUCAGAAUUGCAUCAGAAGCAGCAGCUGUCCCCAGCCUCACAGCACCACACUGGACAUGCUCAGUUGGUCCGCUCCUCCAGUAGCCCGGCGGAGCAAAUAGAUGAGCAAGAGAAAGUGAAAGAGAUUGGGAGGCAGGGGGAGCUGUCUCUCAGACAGUCCUCAGCUACAGCGUCACAGCCAGCAUCAUCACGGCAGCUGCUCUCGGCGGUGAAGAGAGAGAGAGAGGGAUUAGGAAAGGAGGGGGAGAGGGAAAUAGGAGAGAAGAGAGAGCAGCAGAGAGAACAAGAAAGUCAGUCUGAGCACACACAUUCCCAGCAUGGCCUGAUUGCUAAAGGUGUUCGCCUUCUGAGGAACAUGGGAAACCAGGAGGCCAAGCAAAAGAAGCCUACCAUCACAACUGGAGUGGAAGGUGCUGGGAAUUGGGCGAGCACUGAGGACCGAGACCAUGAGCAUCUCAAGAAGAUUAAGAAAAGUAAAUUACCGAGCGACUCUGGCAAGAAGAAAUCCAAAUCGGAGGGCUCCAAAAGUUCUGUAUUUUCCAACAUCCGUAUCCGCAAGGGCCUAUCCCGGAAAGUGUUGUCCAAAGAGGAUGUACUGGAUGGUGGGAUUAGGAUUAAGAGCGUGGAUGCCAACGACAGCAGCAAUGGUGGAAUAUCAGGUGAUGAGCUGGAGGGUCUCACUCCAGACAGUAAACAACUGGUAUCAGAAAGCAGGCAGUCGAGCCUGGACAUGACUGAAGAUGAUUUUAAGAGAGAGACUGAGGGAUCGGGGUCAGAUACAGACCUCUACAGCUACCACUCAGCCACUGAGGCUCAGGAUCUGCUGUUGGAUAUUCAGAGGACCAUCAGACAACAGCAGCAAAUGGAGGGAGUUGCUGAGGGGCAAAACUGUAGCGAUGCGGUCAGGGAAGGACAAGUAGGGUCCGUAGGCCAGGUCACUCCGGGUCUUACUAGUAGUAGCUUUGCUUGUAUGGGUGAACCAGAGAAGGUAGGAGGAGUAUCUGCUUCUGACAGCAAAGAACAAGAUCUUAAAUGCAGUAGGGAUACAGUCGGAGGAGUGAUUACGACAUUAAAGGUUGAGCAAGGUGGCGAUGUGACUGAUAUUGCAAAUAAAGCUGUACACUUGACCAAUUUGGCCAAUGACUAUAGCAUUCAGGAUACUUUUACUGAGACAAGUAGUGUCCAGGAUAUCUUAGCUGUUACCAGAUCAACCAGUAACAACAGUUUUCAGAAUACUACAGAAACAUCCACCUCCUACGAGAGCGCUGAGGAGAUCUUGGAGAGUUCAUCUUUAUCAUCUCCUCUUGAAGAGUGCCAUUAUGGCAGCAAUAGCCUGACCCAAAGCCUAGAAGUUGGUCUCAAUGCAAAUAAUCAGACCAGCUCAACAUCCAAAAUCAGCCGGGUCAUUUUCAUACCACAGAAGAGCAUUAGUAGUGUAGAGCUGAACGUAGAGGGUGAUGGUGGUGUAGAGGAGGUAGAGCGAGGGUGUUCCAACCAACAAAGAAGGAAAAGCAGUGCCGCGGCUAUCACACAGUGGGCAUCCGAGAACUUUUUAGGCUCAGGGUCACGACCACGUAGAACUUCCAGUGCAAACCUUGGGGUUAAACCUUAUCCCACAAUACACACUUCUUACGUUAAAACAACCACCAGACAGCUCACUUCACCCAUAAUAUCUCCUUCCCCAAGCCCUAUGUGUCCUCGCAGGGUUGUCUUAGAUUUAGGCUUAGGUCAAGGGUCAUCCAGAGCAGGGAGCUGGAGAGCACGGAGACAGCGGUCCUGUAGCAUUGCCGGUCCAGUGGGUUGCCAUGAUGAAUGGUGUGAAUCCAUACAUGUUCAAUCAGAGCUUAUUGAGAGUGGCCUCCAGACCGCCAGUUCGAGGUACACACCCUCCGCCUUUCCAGAUGUGUUUUCAGGUCGUUCUCUGUUGGAGAGGUGUUUGGUACAGUGGGGUUGUUCUGAAGAUGACACACAGGAUGCUGAGAGAUUCUGUUCCCGUAUUCUGGCUAUGGGGAUUGUACAACCCUUCAGUGACUGCAUCAGGGAACUGCCGACAGGAAGUGAUGUCACAGAUAAGCCCAAUUUCAAUAAUGAGCAGCUGUAUACCUGGGCUCCAGUGGGACAGAAUGAGAUCAGAACACCUGGGCGGCUCCAAACAAUGUGGCCUCCGACCCCUACUUCUGUACAGGAUGGAUCCACGGGGCAAUCUGGGAUUGUUCCAGAAGGGACUUCCGUUUCCAUUCAGGAGCUAGAGCGAACAAUUGAAGAAUUACUUGCGAAAAUAUCAGAUAUGGAAAAAGACAAUCAUUUACUGGAUGGCACAAAGCUUGGAACAAGAGAUCAAGAAGUGGGUGAUAUUCAAACCAUCAAACAGUCUAAAGUAAAUGAACAAGGAGUUCUGCGCCACGCGAAAGCCAUUCAGACCUCACCUGUUGAGGAAGCCUUUAAAAUUCCAGUGCCUUUUUCAGACCAAUCACAGACUCCCAAAUUAGGUGACAGCGCCACUUCACCAAUUGGACUGCCCUAUUCCUGCAGCUGCCAAAGAAAACAGGAAAUCAGUCCCCCUGCACCACCCCUACUUCCUGUUGUUUCAGGUGUUUCGACACCUUCAGCACCAGAUGUAUCAAUACCUCCACCUCCUCCACCUCCACUCCCAGGUAUGGUUCCGCCCCCUCCUCCACUCCCAGGUAUGUCUCCACCCCCUCCACCGGGACUCCCAGGAAUGGCUCCGCCCCCUCCACCACCUCCACUUCCUGGUAUUGUUCCACUAUCUCCACUUGUGGGCAUGGCUCCACCCCCUCCUCCCCUCCCAGGCAUGGCUCCACCCCCUCCACCUCCCCCUCCUCCACCUGGUUUUGGGCCCCCACCACCCUUUGGUCCCCCUCCACCCUUCAUGGGGUUUGUGCCGCCCAGCAUGGCUCAGGAGUCCGCCCCCCUGAAAGCUGUCAUCGAGCCUCCAAGACCCAUGAAACCACUCUACUGGACCCGGAUUCAGCUACAUGCCAAAAAGGAUACCAAAAGUGCUCUGGUGUGGGAGAAGGUUCAAGAGCCAUCCGUAGACUUUGGCGAAUUUGUUGAGAAGUUUGCCAAAAGUGCAGUUAAGGAAAAGAAGAAACCUAUCUCAGAUACCAUAACUAAAUCAAAAGCCAAACAGGUUGUCAAGCUGCUGAAUAACAAACGUUCUCAGGCAGUGGGGAUUCUAAUGUCCAGUCUUCAUUUGGAUAUGAAAGAUAUCCAGAAUGCCAUCUUGAACAUGGACUGCACAGUGGUGGAUCUGGAGACGCUCCAGGCGCUGUAUGAAAACAGAGCUCAAAAAGAAGAGAUGGAUCAGAUUGAGAAACAUAUCAAGUCUUCAAAAAACAAAGAAAAUGCAAAACCACUGGACAAGCCUGAACAGUUUCUUCUGCAGUUGUCAGAGGUUCCUCAGUUCUCAGAGAGGGUUUUCUGUAUUCUCUUCCAGUCCAGCUUCACGGAGUGUGUUACAUCAGUUCAGCGUAAACUAGAAACACUGCUAAGAGUCUGUACGGCUCUACAGUCAGGCCAAGCCGUCCUGCAAGUUCUAGGUUUGGUUCUAGCAUUCGGGAACAUUAUGAACGGGGGCAACCGAAGCAGAGGACAGGCAGACGGAUUUACCCUUGACAUCCUGCCCAAGUUAAAAGAUGUCAAGAGUAGUGAUAAUUCUCAGAGCCUCCUGUCCUACAUAGUUGCUUACUAUCUGCGACAUUUUGAUGAGGAUGCAGGUAAAGAAACGUGCGUGUACCCACUUCCAGAGCCUCAGGAUCUGUUUCAGGCGUCGCAGAUGAAGUUUGAGGAUUUUCAACGUGACCUCCGUAAGCUACGGAAAGAUCUGAAUGCCUGUUCAGCAGAAACAGAAAAGGUGUGUAUUGUCUCGUCUGAGGAGCACCUGCAGCCCUUUAAGGACAAAAUGGAAGAAUUUCUCACUAGAGCCAAAGCAGAGCUGGAGCUCCAGGAAAAACAUCUCACUGACACGCAGAGGAUUUUUGUGGAGCUGAGCGUGUUUUUCUCGGUCAAGCCUAAGGCGGGAGAGAAAGAGGUUUCACCGAGCACAUUCUUCACAGCGUGGCACGAGUUUUCAUCAGAUUUUAAGGAGUUGUGGAAGAGAGAGAACAAAUACCUACUGCAGGAGCGGUUGAAAGCCGCAGAAGAGACCUUCAAACAAGCACGAGAGAAGGCUAACUACAACGUAAAACCUAAACAUGCAUCAGGAAUAAAAGCCAAGCUGGGACAAAAGAUGUGACUUUCUGCUGUGCCGAAUCCAACAAAACUCGUUGUUUCCCCUGUUAUUUAAUUCCUCC